AUGAGAACUAGAAAUGUUCUCAAUACAGUGCUGGAUGGUGUCGACCACUUUUGUCGAAAAAGUGACAAUAAAACGCUUAAAAAGCUGGCAGUCUCAAUCGGAUCACAAUUAGGUACCACCAAGUCCUCUAUGCGAUACAAUAUAUUACAUCAAUGCGAACUUUUACAACAGCUGGCUGAGGUAAGAAAGACUCGAGGCAAGCUCGAAAUCACUGCCAUUGACAUCGGAUUAGAGAAUUUUGCUUACAGCAGACUGUCGUGGAACGGCGUUGGGAAAUUGCCCGAAUUGAAAGAGUGGAACAAGAUCCGAUUAACGGGUCUUGAAAAGGAGCCAGAGACAGUAAAAACACUUUUCACACCAAAAUUUUUAACUGAAAUUGGUCAAAAUCUAACUAAUAUUCUAACCCAGGCUGCACCGGACUUUUUUGUAAUAGAGAGACAACGCACUAGAACCCUGGGCUCAGCUGCCGUGCCGGAUCCUAUAUUGAAAGCAAACGCUUUAGAGCAUGUUCUCUUCAUGGGUCUAAAAUCCAAAAACUUUUACGUCAAUGGCCUUGAAUAUCUUGUAGAAUCUUCAGACCCUAGACGAAUGACGGACUACUGGUGUCAACUGAUACCUAUUCAUAGUCUCGCGAAACCGAACAACGGUUUGGAAACCACAAGCACGGCCCCCAAAUUGAAAAGCUCAACAUUCUCGAAAAUACUCAAAAUCGCUCUGGUGAGAUCAAUGCUGCAGCAACAAGGUUCGGAUAAGUUUACGAUUUCUUCACGUUUAUGGGAGCGCUUCGCUGAAUACAAACCACGGAAAAAAUAUGACCUAUUCGAGGCAUUGCAGCUUGGAGAGACAGCCGGAGCUCCCAAGCAGGACGAUCUCGCGGAUUGCCUGCUCCAUGGAUUGGCCUGGUUGGAAUGGCUUAGAAACUACGAGGAGUUAGCGUCCUUGGUAAUUACCUCUGAAAGAGGCCCAACUGGGUUGGAAGCGUUCAAUGAGUUCAACAACUUGAAGUUACGUAGCCGUGCAGAAUACGCUAAGACAUGCAUAAGCGAACUUUGA